AUGCAGAGAGCUACUUCUCAGGUCACUGUUUCGAAGAGUACCCCUCAAUCUGAGGAAAACAGCCGUGCACAAACGCCUGUGGGUACUUCCAACCCGUUCGCUACACCUCCAUACUCAAGACCUGCCUCGACAAUCGGAGCUCGAUCUGGUUUCCAGUACGCCGAAGUUCCUGGGACAGGAUAUUUUCGAUCUCGUCGCGUUCGCAAAGCAGAUGCCGUACCUCUCCCUAUCAACAAGAAGUCAAAGAAGGAGGCACUUUUAUGGGUUUUUCCCCUCUGCGGCUUGGUUCUAGGAUUAGGUCUAACUGGCCUCAUUAUCUACUUGAAAAUAGCUAGUAUUACACGACACAAGUACUGUCCAGUUCUGUCAGAAGACUUUUCUUCUGGUACUUUGGAUCCUAACAUUUGGACAAAAGAAGUUCAAGUGGGUGGUUUUGGAAAUGGUCAAUUUGAGCAGACCACGACAGAUGCCGAAAACCUAUUCAUUCAAGAUGGCCAGCUGUACAUUAAGCCUACAAUUCAGGAUGCAUCGUUGAUUACCACCAACAGUAUCAUUAACCUCACGGCCGAUGGAACUUGCACAACCAUGUCCAAUGUCUUUCUCAAUUGUGUCACUUCUACCAACACAACCAACGGGACUAUCGUGCAACCAGCCAAGUCUGCUCGCAUCAAUACCAAGCUUGGUGCUACCAUUAAGUACGGGAGAGUGGAGGUUAAAGCCAAACUCCCUAAAGGAGAUUGGCUCUGGCCAGCCAUUUGGAUGCUGCCGGUCGAGGAUACCUACGGAGCCUGGCCACAGAGUGGUGAAAUCGAUAUUAUGGAAUCUCGUGGCAACAACUACACCUACAGCCUCGGUGGCAACAAUUUCGUAUUCAGCUCUUUACAUUGGGGUCCUGAUGAAGCGAGCGAUGCAUACAAAAAAACCACUAACGUGAGAGCUGCCUUGCAUUCCGAGUUCGGUGACGAUUUUCACCUUUACGGCCUGGAGUGGACCGAGAAGUACGUUUUUGCAUACAUUGAUAAUACACUGCGCCAAGUCAUGUAUUGGCCGUUUAAGAAGCCAUUGUGGCAGCAAGGAAAUUUUCCCUUGAGUGAUGCCAAUGGGACAGCGAUUGUGGAUCCAUGGUCACAAACUGGCCGAAAAAAUACCCCUUUCGAUCAAGAAUUUUAUCUUAUCUUGAACGUGGGUGUUGGGGCGCAGAAUGGCUGGUUCCUGGAUGGCGCAGAUGGAAAGCCGUGGGUUGAUGGAAGCCCAUCUGCAAAGCUCGAUUUCUGGAAAGCCCGAAACGAAUGGCUUCCUACGUGGGAGAAGAAUGGACAAAUGAUUGUGGACCAAGUGCAGAUGUGGCAACAGUGUGAUUGA